CAUUUUUCUGUUUCUCGCUCGGACUUCGUUUUCUGGGAGGGAGAGGAAAAGGAAAGAGUCUACGGAAUUCGAAAUUGUUUUUCUUAGUGUGCGAGCGGUGCUUCUCUUCUCCCAAUCUUGUCUGAAUUCAUAAUUCGCUCUCUUUCUACUUGGGAGUUGGGAUCGUCUUUUAUUUAUUUGCGGCGAUCCUCGGUUUGAAUCGAGUUUUGCUGAGGUUGAAUUGGCAUCGUUUUGGCGGGGGAAAGAGGAGAAUGUUCAACGGAAUGAUGGAUCCUGAGCUCAUCAAGCUUGCUCAGGAGCAGAUGAGUCGGAUGUCGCCUGGCGAGUUAGCCAAGAUCCAGCAGCAGAUGUUUUCUAAUCCAGAUUUAAUGAAAAUGGCAUCUGAAAGCAUGAAGAACAUGAGACCUGAAGACUUGAGGCAGGCGGCAGAGCAAUUAAAGUAUACACGUCCUGAUGAGAUGGCUGAGAUUGGUGAGAAGAUGGCUACUGCAUCGCCAGAAGAGAUAGCAGCUAUGCGUGCUCGGCUUGAUUCUCAGGCUACAUACGAAAUGAAUGCGGCU